AUGGGUCGAGAGCUCGAUGUCACCUCGGACGCUAUUGAUGAUGUCAAUGUCCUGAGAGGGAAGCUUUGGGACGACAAGUCCGAAUUUGACGAAGCCAAGGACAAGUCCAAAUUCCGAGACUACGAAGCUGCUUGUGAUCGAGUCAAAGCAUUCUAUAAAGAGCAACACGAGAAACAAACAUUUGACUUCAAUGUCAAGGCCCGCGUUGAGUUCAAGACAAAGAAACGGGCCCAGAUGGGUGUCUGGGAGGCCAUGGAGAUGCUGAAUACGCUCAUUGACGAGUCGGACCCCGACACGAGUGUAUCCCAAAUCGAGCACUUGCUCCAGACCGCAGAGGCUAUUAGAAGAGACGGCAAACCUGAAUGGAUGCAGGUGACAGGCCUCGUGCAUGACCUAGGAAAGCUCCUGCUCCUUUUCGGCUCUCAAGGUCAAUGGGAUGUUGUUGUUGUCGGCUGCAAAUUCUCGGGCAAGAUCAUAUACCCGGAAACGUUCAAGAACAAUCCGGACACUUACGACGAAGUAUAUUCUACCGAAUACGGGAUCUAUCAGCCGCAUUGUGGGUUGGACAACGUGAUGCUGUCCUGGGGACACGACGAGUACCUAUACAACGUCUUCAAGUAUCAGAGCUCCCUGCCAGAUGAGGCCCUCGCCAUGAUCCGGUACCACAGCUUCUACCCAUGGCACCGUGAGGGUGCCUACCAACAUCUCAUGAACGGGAAAGAUGCCCAGAUACUCAAAGCGGUCCAGGCUUUCAAUCCGUACGACCUGUAUAGCAAAUCCGAUGACCCCUGUGACCCUGCGACAUUGAGACCCUACUACGAAGGCCUGAUCGCAAAGUUCUUCCCACCCGUUCUUGAUUGGUGA